GUGUUGAUUGUUGGAUGUGGUGUAUUUGGACUCUCCACUGCCCUAGAAUUGGCCAGAAAGGGUUACAAGGUGAAAGCUAUAGAUCUUUAUCCAAUCCCAUCAAAAUGGGCAGCAUCGAACGAUUUAAACAAGAUCAUUAGAACUGAAUAUGCUGAUAUUUUCUAUACAAAGCUUUCAGUGGAGGCUUUAAAACUAUGGGAGAAUGAUCCUUUGUACAAAGAUGUCUAUUUCAAAAGUGGUAGAAUCACGUUAUCCCCAAGUUCUAAAGAGAAUCAACAUCGUACCAAGUUUGAAAAUCAAGGUUUUGCAAAUUUGGCUAAACUGGGUGUCGAUGUUUCAGGUAUUUUCGAGAUUGAUAAUGGUGCUAAGCUAACUGGAUUAUUCCCACAGUUUAAAGGUAAUGAUUUUGGUGAAAUCAGUGCAAAGUUCAAUCCUAAUGCCGGUUAUGGCCAUGCUUCAAACUCCUUAUUGAAUGUGUAUCAAGAGGCUAGAAAACUAGGUGUUGAAUUCAUAUUUGGUACUAAAGGUAAUGCCAAAAAAAUCAUAAACAACAAUUCCAUUCAAGUAGAAUCUGGUGAUGUUUACACAGCUGAUAAAAUCUUGAUUGCAGCCGGUGCAGCUACUGGAUUCUUGGUUGAUUUGAAGGAUCAGAUAAGGGCAUUAGGCCUAUUUGUUACCCACAUUCAACUGACCCCAGAUGAAUAUACCAAGUUCAAAGAUAUUCCUAUCUUUUUUAGUGCAGAAUAUGGUUAUUUCUUCCCACCAGAUGCUAAACAUCAUCAUAUGAAAAUAGCUUUAACGUAUAGUGAUGCUGAAAAUAAGAUCCCUGAUCCUUUUAAUAGUGAUAAAUUAUUGUCAUUACCUCGCUUCAAAGAGCAAAAUCAACAAGACACAUUCCCUAAAAAAGGUGAAUCCCACGUCAGAAGACUAUUACAAAAGACAAUUCCAGAGUUGAGUCAACAUGAAUUAUACAAUUCAAAGUUGUUCUGGAUUAGUGAUUCUCCAACUAAUGAUUUUUUGAUUGAUAAACUUCCAGAUUCUGAAAAUAUCGUUGUUGCUUGUGGUGAUGCUGGACAUGGCUACAAGUUCCUACCAAAUAUUGGGAAAUAUAUAACUUUAAAGAUGCAAGGUAAAUUAGACGAAAUUACUAGUAAGAGAUGGAGUUGGAAA